AUCACAGGCUCCAGAAGCAUUCAGCACCACUGUGUAAUUCUUCCCUUCACAUAGUAGCAAGUGACGCUGUAGUGGAGUGUCUGUUUAAAGGGAAAAGUCACGUUUGACAUAUUUAUGCCCAGAUCCCAGUUCCAGCUAACAGCUCAGCUGGAGCAGGGGUGAGGAAGAGGCAUCAAAAGAACUAAGAACUUAUUUUUGUUUUAAACAAAGGAGGCUUUUCUUUUUCUUUAAAGCAACUGAAAAAGCGGAUCCAGAAAGCGAAAGCUUCUCAGUGCUAGCUGCACAGUGCACAGUGAACAGAUCAAGAAAGUCAACUAAUGCUACACAAAACCAGCAUUCCAGCAGUGAGGAGUCCCCUGAGGGAGGGAAUUGCAACUGGGAAUUCAACUAGAUGUCAAAGAGGAAGCUGCUUCUUUUGGUGGACGUGGAUCUUAUUUAACACUGGAUUUGUGUGCAUCGCUCUUCAGAUAACCACCUGGAAAUCUGUUGUGCCUUCCCUUCAAAACAAGCAAGUGCUGCUAUACAAAGCAUUUCUUCUUCUCUGUUUGGCUUACAGUACAGGGUUUUGUUAAAGAGGAGAGUCUUUUUUUCUAUGAACGGCAGGCUGCCACAUUCCACUCCCAGGAAAAUUAAGAAGAUCCUGUCAACUCAUCCUAGAUAACCAGUUCAGUUCACACAGAAGACCCAAUCCAUUUGGCAUAAACCCUGGUUUUGUCUGAGAGAACAAGUGCCCAAACAAGAGGGGAAGACAAUUUAAGCAAGAACAUGUAUAGUGAAUUGUUAAAUUCAACCAGUGCCACUGAAGCUCACCUAAUCAUUCAGACCAACACCCCCUACCUGAACAGCACACAGAGACAAGUAAGCUCCUCCGCGUUUUAUAUGUCAACAGCCAGGGUGUUAAAAGAAGGGGAAAUAAAUAAGCCAGAUCUGGUGACUUACGUUGUUCUGUUUUUCUUCCUGCUUUUGACUGUGAUAAUAAUUGUGCUCUUUAUUAACUGUCAGUUGAAAAAUUCUUUUUUUGCUACUCUACCUUAUGAUAGAUCACUCAGAGAAACAAGGAGUACCUGGAGGACACAAGCUGUCUAAAGCCAGAAAGAGGAAGCCUUGUUUAAUACAGUUUUGCUUUGAUAUAUAGCAGUAGCAUGAGCCAGAAAACUUGUGCAAUAAAAUGUUAUUUCCUUACGCUGUUAAGUGGAUCCAAUCCCCUUUCAAAUAAUAUUUGGAGUCUCAGUAUUAAGAGAAAAAAAAUCUGUGCAGGGAAAAAAAUUGCUGAAUGUAUAUUAGAGUUGAUGUAAAUAAAAAGUCCUUUUAUGAAUUAAAAAGAUAAAGCAUUGUUAUGGUU